CCCGUCUGGCGGGUGGCGGACCGGAAGCGCGUGUUUGCCUCGGGGGCCGCCCACCCCGCCCGGCCCGUCCCCCGGCUCUUGGGCCCUUUAAGGCCGGGCGUUUCCGCAGCCGACCGCGGGGUGGGGAAAGCCAAGAGCACCGCGCGGCGGCCGACCCGGCAACCCUUUGAGGGAGCAGAAAGCUGGGCGCAGGCAAAAUGGCCCUGGUGCCUUAUGAGGAGACCGCAGGAAUGGGGUUGCAGAAAUUCCACAAGCCUCUUGCCACCUUCUCCUUUGCAAAUCACACGAUCCAUAUUCGGCAGGACUGGAGGCAGCUGGGAGUCGCAGCAGUGGUUUGGGACGCGGCUGUUGUGCUUUCCACAUACCUGGAGAUGGGAGCCGUGGAGCUCAGGGGCCGCUCUGCCGUGGAGCUGGGUGCUGGCACGGGGCUGGUGGGCAUAGUGGCUGCCCUGCUGGCUGAUGACAUUUCUUCUUUGACUGAGAAGACUGGAGCAAUCAGAAGAGAACUUGUGCAGCCUCCCAUACCACCUCUUACCCACCUGCACCUGGACCCACAGCCUCUGUCUUUGCUCCUGAUGCUCGGCGCCGAUGAGAAGUCUAUCCUGCUGAGGGCAUCCCACUCACCUCUUCCAGGACACUGCUCCAGGGGGUUCUGCCCCACAGCAUUGCUUUUGCCUCUUUCAGCCUGAUCAUUCCUAUCAGCUUACAAGCUUCCUGUUGUUCUUUCUAAACACAAAAUAUUAAAAUUUAAGUGGUUGCUUGUAGGUAGGUGUGUGGCAGGAAAUAUGUAAGAUGGCUCUAGAAUAUCUUGCCAUACCAUAUAGCAACGAAGCUGUCAAGGGUGACUCGGGAUUGUGACCCAAGUCCACUGGCAAAAGAUGGGAUAGUUUGAAUAUCAAUAAAGAUAAUGGCAGUGGAUUUAAAUACAUCAAAUAUGUUAAUCAUUGAGUUCAUGAUACAACAAUGAAAUAUAUUCAAUUAGUCCUCUUUGGAGGGUGCUGAGAAAGCAGCUCUUUGAAAUCUGGCUUAUCAAAGGGGAGGGAGGAGCAAUAUUGCCCUGCCUUUCCUAGUCAGACAGUUCCUGUACAAAAUGCGUGACCACACAGUGAUUGAAAGAGGUUCUCUUUAUGAACAUUUUCCAACAUAUGAAUGUACAAAGAAGCUAGUGAAUUAAGGAUCUGGGCACUGAGUAUUGGCAGCUGCUUAUGUCACAAAAAUAGAGCCUACCAGAUAUUACAUACCUCUUGAUCAAAAACACUGUAUCACCUCUGAAAUUGUUUUGUUCAAAAAUUCAAACUCAAAUCUAACAAAUUUACAGGAGAGGACAGAAGAACAUGCUAAACUGUACAAUAUAGUCAGCAAAAUCCAGGCAUGGGAAGCUGGAGGACAAAUGAUCUGUUUCUUCCCUAAAUUUUAAUGGGAAAAAAAAGAUAGAAAGGAAACUGAAUGUUAAGACAUUCUCUUAAGACAUCCUCUGUACUCCUCCUCCCAAACUAAACAACAGGCAAAGCUGUAAUGUUCAGGGAUGGACAUCUGGGUGAUAAAACUCAAGUAACUAGUGAGGGAGUGAUUCCCAUGAGAGUCAGGACAGUGGGCUCUGGGGGGCCGGUUGUAUUUGGGACAUGGCCUGCGGUGGGUGCCUGUGGGGGGUUAAGCAAGCUCUAAGCCAUCAACCUCCUCGUCCUGUAUCAUUGUGGUGGCUUCCACGCAGGUCUCCUUGCUUCUGGCCCUGCCACACUGCUAGGAAUUCUGUUAAAGCCUGAGACAGAUGACCGGCACUGUGCUUAGCACUCUUCAGCAGCUUCCUUUCUCACUUGGAAAAAGUCAAAGCCUUCUCGAAACACCACCUGUGAGGCACUGGGCGAUCUGUCUCCUUCCUCUGUACUUUUCUGACCUCAUCUCCUGCUGCUUUAUUCCUGAUGCAGUCACUCCACUUGCCUCCUCCUCCUUGCCAUCUGUAGGUCUGUGCACUGCCCUCCUGCCACCAGGAAUAUUGGUCCCCCUAACACGCCCUCAGCCACCCCCUCACUUCCAUCAGGCCCUUACCUAAAUUUUCUUCUCAGGGUGGUCUUCCCUUUCUACCCAGUCUGUUUCACACCAACCUCCCUUACUUCCUGGCAUUUCAUUUUUUUCCAUAGCACAUAUCUCCAACUGACAUACUGGAUAUUCUACUUUUAAAAACACAUCUUAUUGCCUGACUUCCUCACUUAAUGUUAGCUUUAUGAGGGUAGGAGUUUUCUCUCACUUGGAUUUUUGUAAAACUGAUGGAUGCUCUGGGGAAAUGGCCAACUGACAUUAAUAUCUUGUAAAAAUUCCUGGAAUACCUAGCAGAUUAAAAAUAGCCUCAGAAAUCACUGGGACGGGCAUUAGAAAAGGUCUACAUUUAAGAGCUGUUAAAAUAAACACCAAGGUGAUAUGCAAAAGACUAAAUCACUCCAGUAUUGCCAGCAGUAUUCUGUAGACUGUUAAGGAAUCCAGAAAUAAAGUUCUAAGUCAAACCAGGAAAAGGCUGACUAUGAUUUCUAUUAUCAGGAGAGAUUAAAAAUAUCACUGAAUCUGCUCUUCAGGCAGCAUGCUGCCUAGGAAUGAAUGGCCAAAGUAGUAGGUGCAUGCUUAUAAAAUACAACAACCUGAGCAUUUUCAUCAAUAUCACACUAUAAAUGUCAAGCUGAAUUACAUACAGUCCUAAUGUUAUUAGUCAAGCUGCUGCUGACAUGGUGUUACUGCAGCUGGUCUGGAAGCCUGUGAGGAAUUGCCUAUGAAGCUUGUAACUGAAGAAGGAUGCAAAUGAGAAAUACUUUUAUGAAAGAAUGAAACAUAAUUUAAAAUUUUAGAAUUUACAGGAUCAAAAUUAAACAGGAUCACAUAUUUACAACCUCAGAUGGAGGCUGUAUAACAUAACAACCUAAAGCAAAUUAUACUGGUUGGAGUUAAUGCAACUUUCUUUCCACAGCACUUUCUGGGCCUUUCCAGGUUACCACGGUGUUACUCUGACUGGCAGAUGCAUAAACACCAUAAAAUGCUCUCUCUUCCACAGGCUUAUUUAUUUCAUUAGCAGCAGUAAUAUUAAUGAUUUCUAUAGUUUGAGAAGACUUUGCAAUUAAACGAAAAGUGGUAAUACUAGAAACUAACAUUCAUCUCCAGUGACCACAUGGAUGCCUUCUUGCCCCUCCACCAUAUGAUACAUUUGAAGAACAUAUUCCAAUAAGAAAGGAACUGAACCCUCUAAAACUGGUUUUAAGCCAACAUCCUAAUCAUUAUGACUUUCUCAAUAACAUUAGUAAACAUUAGUGACAUUAGUAAAAACUACAUAACUUUGUCAAAGCUAAAGUAUAGGUUCAAACCCUUUAUAUCAGCCAUGGCACAUCAGUUCCAACUUAGCUUUGAAGAUGCAACAUCCCCCUUUAUGGAAGAACUCCAUUUCUGUGAUCAGUGAUUUUUCUAGUUAGCUCACUAGUUCUUUGUAUUAUUUCAUUAAUGUUAACAUUCAGAGUUAACAAGCACUACAGAUACACAAGAAGUAGAAACUAUUGAACCAUCCUAUCAGCUAUCAUUUUAAUCCUAAUUGCCUUCCUAUAACUAUGAAAUCUUUACAUAAUAGAUAAGAUCAGUAAUCCUUGACUAUAAAAACCACAGGUCAUCAGUGAUACUGAAGCUAUAGUACACCAACUAUGAACACUUAAGCUUUGACUCAUACAUCACUCCUGCACAGGACCUGAAACCAGGGCAAUUACUACCACAGGUUGACCACUGCGGAGUCCUGCCUAUAGCGAUACCAAAUGCUAAUCUUAUCAGAAGAUGUCUCACAUUCGUGAGCUGUUCCAACACUUCCUUAGGUCUAAAGACAGAUGCUAUUCUUAGACAACUAACACAGGCAACCCUGAUGUCCACACGACAGGCUUAUACUGCAGACAAUGGUCAGAAAUCUGCAAGUCAAACCACACUUUCAUACCAGUUGUCCUUGAAUAAGUUCUACUAAAAUAUUUCAAAAAAUGAUCAGCAUCUAUAGUGUAAUAUCAUUAAGAAACUAAUAGCAUUAACCUUUUAUGUUAAAGUUGAGAGUUUAAAACUUAUUACAUGCCAUCAGCAUGGUAAAUUGCUAUUAUCUCAAUGAUGGUAACACUACUGAUCAUGUUUCAAAUAAAAAUCUCAAUACACUUCUACCUCUCAGGCCCAGAACUAAAAACAAUUUAAAACACCAAAAACACUUCACCCUUGAAAAACAAAAUGAAUGAAAUUUAUUCCCCAACAAUAAUAGCAUUACCUGUUUGUAUUUUAUUAUAUAUUUUUAUUUAAUUACAUUCCCAAGUAUCUUGUUUCCCACACCUAGUCAACUCAUUAACAACCAUCUAAGCUCUAUUCAAUGAUUAAUGCAGUUAGCAUCAAAACAAUGAAUAGCCACCCAUAACUUAGCUUAAAGGCUAGACUUGAACCCCAGUCCUUAA